AUGUUUUGGGUUCUUUUUGUAACACAUGCAGUGGGCAUUCGGUGGUGUUCAAGAAAAUCCGAAGUCUACUGCGUUCAAGAUGAUAUGAUGUGUAAUAUCUCUGACAACGAAAUUAUUACUCAAACGACUGGCGAAUUAGUCUUUAAUUACAAAACUGUAACAAACAUUAAAUGUGCAUUGACCAAUGUGGUCACUUUUAAAGAAUUUGGAAUAAAGAAUACAAUCUAUUUUAAUAAUAAACAGGACACUUUUUAUAAAAACGAGACACUCAAAGGAGCAGCCACAACAACACAAUUUUGUGAUGAUCAUACACAAAAUCAUUGUUUAAAAUGUGUGGACGGAACUCCAUCAUGUGGGAUGUGUAUACCAAAUUAUUGUUUAUAUAAUACUGAUAAUGUCAUAUCUUGUGUAUCUUGUAGUAGUACUCACACUUGUAACGAUGGGCAAUACAUCACAUCGACCUUUGAAGUUUCUUGCCAAACACCUACUUGUGCUACUUGUAAUAAUAAUAAUAAUCAAUGUUCACAAUGUGCGGACGGGUUUUAUAACUACCAAAAUUCGGUGAAUUGCGGGUUGAGUUGUUAUUUGUGUGAUUCGACUUGUGUUGGUGGAUGUAACAAUUCAACUGGUGUUUGCGUUGAGUGCAAUAAAAAUUACGUUAGACAAACGAGUGGGCCGGGGUGUGUUGAAUGUGUCCAAUUUGAUGCCAAUUGCCAAUAUUGUUCGUAUGAUUUUACUCGACAAUGCAAGGUAUGUAAAUCAAAUUAUUAUUUAACUUCAGGAGGCACGUGCGACUUAUGUUCAAAGAUUUAUUGUAUCAACGAAUUUUGUUCUAAUGACAAAAAGCACUGUACUCAAUGUAUGAAUGGAUACUACCCUGACAGUGAAGGUGAAUGUAAUAAAUGUGACACGCUACCAAAUUGUUCCGAAUGUGACCAAACAAAAGCUGAAUGCACAAAAUGUAAGAGUGGAUUUGGAUUCUUUAAUGGGAGUUGUGUUCAAUGUAAUUUAAACAAGGGCGCUAUAUUUGUAAAUGAAACUUCCGAAUGUAAAAUGUGUUACUCGUCCUUUGAUAACUGCAAAUUAUGUCAAAAACCAUACACGAAUGUGGAGUGUGUAGAGUGCUAUCCUCCGUAUUUUUGGGAUUCGAUUGGUAAGACUUGUAAGUUAUGUAUUGAUGGGAAUUACUAUGAUAAAACUACUAAAAACUGUGUAUCAAAUAACAACAUUUGUACAAUACAAAAUAAAGAAGACGAAUGUCUGACAUGUAACAAUAACUAUUUUCUAAGAAACGGGAGUUGCAUUCCUUUUGAUAACUGUGAAGGCGAUAACAUACAAACAAGUAGUUCAUGUGAAUGUCAAGAUACACUUGCGAUCAACUCCAAUUGUUAUGUUUCUUCUAAUGAGUCAAUUUGUAAGUACGUCUUAUUAAAUGGAUAUGAAGACUUAAAGAUGUGUCUUUCUUGUGAUGACAAUUUUACAUUGAUACAAAACAAAGUCUGUGGCAAAUCUUAUUAUAAGUAUAAUUAUAUUAGAAAUAAUGCGAAUUAUACAUGUGAAAAAGGGAUGUAUCUUUCAAAUGACAAUAGAUGUAUGAACUGUGUUGAUUCAAGUGUCUGCAUUUUAUUUAAUAAUAAACUUAAAAUUCUUGAGUGUUCAAAGGACUUGGUACGUUCAAGUGAUUCACAACAAGCUGAGAGUUGUAAAUCAGAUGAAAAAUGUACUACUUAUGGUAUCAAUGAAUGUCUUAAUUGUUCUUCUAAAACCACUGACAUAGUCAAAGGCAUAUGUGUCACAAAUCCAACAGCCAAUUGUAUCAUUUCACUGAAUUCUAAAUGUAUUUUGUGUGACAAAGAGACACUUCUUUCAGACGGAAAUUGUAUUUCCAAAACCAAUUUUAAUUGUCACAGAAGUGCUAUAGGUAAAUGCAUCCAAUGUGUCGAUAAUUACUACAGAAGUACUAUAAGUGAUAUAUAUUGUGAAAAUACGUCUAAAAUACCCAAUUGCAUCUAUCAAAUAAUUUAUUCCAACAACACAAUGAUAUGUAAAGAGUGUUUACCAAAUUAUAUGGUUUCGGAUUCUAAAUGUGUUCUAAUGACUUCGACCAAAUUAAUUCAAUCAUCUUUUAAAUAUUCUGACUUGAUUAAAUGCAAGAAAAUGAGUACCAAAGGGUGUUUAGAGUGUGAAGACACGUAUUAUUUGACUUUACAGAAUACAUGUGAAAAGUGCGAUUCUUCAUGUGUGAAUUGUUCCAACACAACUUUGUGUAUUUCAUGUCCCUCUGGAUUCUAUUUGACGAGUGAACAUACAUGUAAAGAAGUUGGUUCAUUACAUAAGACGUGUGAUAUGUUAAUGCCAAAUGCUGUUGGCUGUGCGAUCUGUAAAGUUGGGUAUUACUACGUUUCAAAAGACUGUAGACAAUGUGAAACAUCAUGCUAUUCCUGUUUAGAUAACAAACAGUGUGUGUCGUGUGCAGACAAUUACUUCAGAAUAGCAAAUGAAACAAAGUUGUGUCUUCCAUUCGACGAAUUGACUCAAUUUUGUCUUAAAAAGACCAAAAAUGGGUGCGUCAGUUGUCAAAUGGGGUAUUUCCUCUCAAAUGGUCGAUGCUCAAAGUGUUUAGAAACCUGUAUUAAGUGCACUUCAAUGACUUAUUGUUCCGAGUGCUCCAACAAUUAUGUAAAUAUUGACUAUAAGUGUCACCACUCUUCUACAAUUCAAUAUUGCACAGCUGCAACAAAUGAUCGAUGUACUAAAUGUAAAGGGUGGCAUGCACCUGAUGACAGUGGGUCUUUUUGUAAGACUGCAAUGCGCUAUGAUAUUAUAUUUGGGACGAUUGUAGGUGUUGUAAUAUUAAUAAUUCUUGUUCUAGUAAUAGUAGUAGUGUUGUGUUACCAAAUUAAUCUUCACAACAAAGAAAAGAAAAAGAUGCUGAAUGUCUGUGUUUAUAAUAUGAAGAAAUCAAAUGUCCUUUUGCAAAAUCUUGGUGACUUUUUGUUGAGUAAUAAACAAGUUAUUACAUUUGGAGUUCUCAAUGAAGACAGUUUGAUAGAAGUGAAUGAAGAGACACGCGAACUGCUGUGUGUUGGAAAUAACACCAAUCACACAAUAAAAGUCCAAUUCAGUGUUAUCGACAAUUGCGACCAAUUUUUGAUACGAACUGAGCCAACUUUAGUUACUCUUAAAAAGGGAUUUGCAUGUGAAUUUGAGAUCUUUAUUAAACCAGUUUGCACAUGUAAUAUCCAUUCAAAUAUUGUAGCCAUCGCACUCGACUUGGAAACAGGAAAACAAAUUGAUGAAAAAAUAGAAGUAAGUGCUGUGACAAAAAUGACGACGCGACUGGACUACACCGAGUUGAUAGAAACCAAGAAACUUGGGGAAGGUUCAUUUGGGGUUGUCUACUUGGGGGAGUUCAGAGGUGACAAAGUUGCAAUCAAAAAGAUGAAACAAUCUUCUGAUGAUAAAUCAAGUAAAAAAGAAUUUGAAGAUGAAGUUUCUAUGUUAGACAAAUUUAGAAGUGAAAAUAUUGUCCACUUCUAUGGUGCCGUGUUUAUACCAAACAAAGUGUGUCUGGUCACCGAAUUUGCUCAAUUUGGAAGUCUACAAGAUUUGAUAAAAAAUAAAACUUCAAGUGAAAUUGACAUGAAAUUACGACUCAAAUUCAUGUUAGAUGUUGCUAUGGGCAUUAUGUAUUUACAUGAGAAUGGAAUCUUACACAGAGAUAUUAAGCCAGACAACGCUUUAGUAUUUUCAUUGAAUGCAUCAGAAAAAGUGAAUGCAAAAUUGACUGAUUUUGGAUCGUCAAGAAAUAUUAAUAUGAUGAUGACAAACAUGACAUUCACUAAAGGUGUUGGAACACCAACUUACAUGGCUCCUGAAGUUUUAAAACAAGAAAAGUACAAAAGACCAGCUGACGUCUAUUCAUUUGCAAUGACUAUGUAUGAAUGCUUUGCUUGGAGAAUUGCGUAUAGUGAUGUUGAAUUCAAAUUUCCAUGGAAAAUAGCCGAGUUUGUUUCAUUGGGAAAGCGUCUCGAAAAGCCUGAUUAUGUUGAUGUAAAAAUGUACAAUAUCAUUGUGUUGUGUUGGUCACAACAUCCACUUGAAAGACUAAAAAUAGAAGAAGUUGUUUCAAUGCUUCGUGAACUAUUUUAA